AUGCAAUUUAAUUUAGAAACUGAUAAUAACCUAAUCAUAAGUGACUUUCGACCAGAGGAAUGCAUAGACUUUCUCUCAAUGGAAUCAAUUUCUGAUGUUGGAAUUUAAUUUCCAAAGCCAUAAAAUAGCAAAUAUGAUGUUGAGCCUCCUCCUAAUUCAAAAGACUUAAAAGAAAAAGCCAUUUUAAGUCCAUUAUCCCCUAAUUUUGAAGGACUAAAAGAGUCCGAAUAAAUGAUUCUACUUCCUCCAUAAAAUUUAUCAUAGAGACCCCUUUAACAUAAGUCGUCAAUAUAAAUGAUUACAAAAAACCAUAAACAAUCAGCAAAUGUCAGUGGAAGUUUUAUGAAAUAUUUUCAUACUAGAAGAUUUGUAAACAGAAUGUUGAGAAAUAAAAAUAUGUUUCAAAAGCUACAACCAAUACAUUUAGAAAUAAUUAAUGAUGCUUCUUCUCACUUUGAUAAUGAGAUAUUCGGCUAAAAGUCUCACUCCUUAAAACCCCUUGGAUUGAUGAAAACCUUACAUUUAUCUAUAUCUCCUAGCUUUACUAAAAAACUUAUUUCUAAAUACAGAUAGAUAACUAAUUUAAUUUUGAACAAAUUUUAAUAGGUUUUACACUAAAUUCCAGUAAUUCAACCUGAAAAUAAGGGGAGGAUCAUUUGGGAUGUAGUUCUUUCAAUAACUAGGUUGUAUUUCAUUAUCCUAAUUCCAAUCGAUAUGGUAUUUGAAGAAAGAUUGUUAUAUUCUGAAAACUUAAUAAUAAUAACUACCUUUUAAACAUUCUUAAUGAUUCUCGACAUGUUUAUCAAUUUAAACACCGCAUAUUAUUAGUUCGGAUAAAUAGUAUCAGAGAGAUCAAGAAUAAUAAAGCAUAAUUUUAGCAAAGGUUAUGGGUUAGAUGCCUUUUCAGUAAUCUUUUUAAUUUGUUUAUUGUUUUUAGACUGGGAUUAUAUAGGAGAAUAUGAACCCAUUGUGUUUAUAGGAUUAUUGUCAUUUACAGUUUAAUACUAAAAUAUAACGAAGUUAAUACGAAUUUUUGAAGAAGUCUUAAAUCUUAAUAAAAUUUAGGCUGGUUUUUUAGAACUGGCAAAAUUAAUCACCUUAUUAUUAUACAUUUUGCAUAUUUCUGCAUGUAUUUGGAUUGGGUGUGGCAGAAUAAGCUCGUCUAUAACCAAUGGUACUAGCUGGAUGAUUAAAGAAGACAUACUUAAUGAGCAAUGGAUAGUUUAAUAUUUGAGGUCCUUUUAUUUUUGCACAGUGACAAUGUUUACAGUAGGAUAUGGAGACCUAACCCCUUAAUCUAAUUUAGAACAUGUGACAUGCAUCAUAUUUAUUAUGAUAUUUAGUAUCUAAUUGCCUUAUAGUGUAAAUACUGUUGGAGCUAUUAUUGAUGAAAUAUCCAAAUACAGUGAAUAAAAAUUAUAGAAGUUAAGGGUAAUUAAUACUUAUAUGGCCAAAAAGAAGAUCACCUAUGGAUUGUAGGUGAAAAUUCGAUAAUAUUUAGCUUAUUAUUGGGAAAGUCAAAAUACUUAAAUCUCUUAAGAAGUUAAGGGAAUUUUGGAGUAAUUAUCAGAAAAUCUAAGAGAUUCUUUAAUGUUAGAAGCCAAUUCAAUCAUUUUAAAUAGUUGUGAUAUGUUCUCCAAAUUUCUUUCUCCUGCCUUCACAAAGGCAUUAGUAAAUAAGAUAAGAUAUUUGGAUGUGCAACCUGAAAAUAUAGUUGAUUUUUCUGAUUAGCCAGACUCACAUCAGAAUUAUUAUUUAACUUUCAUUGAAGUAGGAACAAUAUAGGUUAUUUAGGAUUAAAAUAACUGCAAAAAUGAUUCUUACAUUACACAAUUAAGUUAAGGUUAAGUGUUUGGUUUGUAUGAAUUUAUAACAGGAACCUAGUGUAAUGAGUUUUAUAAAAGCAAGGGAUUUACUAAAUUAUUGAUACUACCAAGGAAUUAGUUUUUAAAAACAUUGAAAGAGUUUCCGGAAGAUAAAGAAAAAUACUGUUAAAUCAGAGAUGAUUUACUUUACAACAACGGUGAUUAGUUUUUGAGAGACAUAGGAAUUUAAUGCUACUUGUGUAAUUCAAGGGAUCACAUUAGCAAAUAUUGUCCGAUGGUGCAUUAUUGUGCGGAUAAGGAAAAGAUAAUCAAAUCUCAUACUUAUAUUAUUAAAUAACCUAGAUAAAAAUAAAAAAGAAAAGCCAGGAAAAGUUAAUUUAAUGGAAUGAGCGAUCAAAAAAUAAUUAUGGAAAUAGCAUAAUAUUUUAAAGAGGACUUUUGGAAAUAAUGCCAGUAUUAUGAAAUAAAUGACAUUGACAUUGAGCAGCAGCAAUCUCCUCAAUAUAGUAUUGCAUCAGAUGAAGUUAAAGAUUAUAUUAAAUAAACUCCUCAAAUACAAAUUAAAACCUCAUAAGUUACUUAUAAUAAGCAUAUAAAAUAACAAAGAAUUGGAUAGCUAAAUGAAAUACAAUAAUCAAGAAGAGCUGCUAGGUAGAAUACUGGUUCUCCUUUAAUGAAAUUUUCUACUAACCAAUAAAUUAUUGAUUAAUUCGCUUCAAAUGAAUUGAAAAUUAUACCUAGAGCUCAUUCUUCUUUGGUAGAUAAUGUCAGUUAAUAGGAAAGUCAGAUCACUCCUGAAAAACAAGAGGAGGAGGAUGGAACAGCCUAGAAAAGCAAUCAAUAAAUAAUAUCGAUUAAAGGGGAAUAACUCUCUACCAAAAAAAGAUAUAUACCUUAGCCACUAUAAUCUUAACUCAUUAUCAGACAAAAAAAUCUAAAAAUUGAAAUUGAAAAGGAUCCUUAGAAGAAAAUGAUUUUAUUAACCACUACAGAGAUGGAACUUCAAGAGAAUUGGUAAUCUUUAGAAUAAAGGAUAUUACAAUUAAGGUAAUUCUAGGAGUAGGAAGCUUAAGUGAUAUAAUUAUAAAAUUUAUCUAAUCUAAUUUAACAUUAGUUGAAUGAUAAAUUCAUUUGCUUAGAAAGCUUUGAUUUAUAGAAGGACUUUUAAUACUAUUUAACUCACAAUAAUUUUACUCAAUUAGAAGUACGUAACUGUUAUAAUAAAUAUCUUAUUGAAAAUUUAUCAAGAUUUAUCAAAUACUUAUUUUUUCCAUUUGUUUACAUUCAUAAAUACUCCAAAUUGGAUAUUGAAGAAGACUCCAAACUAGAAAGGCAAAGAAAAACAAUGUCUUUUUCUAAAAAAAAGGCUACGGUAGUAUUCAAAUUUAGAGAUAAAGCAAAGCAAAUUAUAAACAGUAGAAGAAUAGUUCCAGAAUGA